AUGCUGGAGUCGCUAUCGGGUCAUGGCGGCCUGGUGCUGCUUCGGGACUCGGUGGAGUGGGAGGGGCGCAGUCUCCUGAAGGCGCUGAUCAGGCAGGCCGCGCUGCGUGGAGAGCAGAUCCAGGUCCUGGGCUGUGAAGUGAGCGAGGAAGAGUUUCGUGAAGGUUUUGAUUCCGCUACAAACAGCCAGCUGGUUUACCAUGACCUCUUCCAAGACCCUCUCAACUGGUCCAACACUGGAGAGGCCCUUCCGGGGGCGCCCCUGGGAGUGUUGAGAGCAAUGCGCAGGAGAGCAGGUCCCGGUCCUGUCACCAUUGCGCUUGAUUCACUGAGCUGGCUGCUGCUCCACCUCCCCUGCUCCGCACUCUGCCAAGCCCUGCAUGCUCUGAGCCGACAGGACUCCCGCCGCGAUGACAGCUCCCCGGUAGAACAUGUGUGUGUGCUGGGCCUGCUACAUGAAGAGCUACAUGGCCCGGGCCCUGUGGAAGCACUGAGCACCCUUGCUCAGAUUGAAAUGACCUUGAGUGGUACAGGGGGCCAGGUCUCAGCUCACAUUCUCUAUCGGAGGCCCCAACAUCGUCCAACACAUAAGAUUCAGUGGUUCUCCAUCCUGCCUGACUUCAGCCUGGACCUCCAAGGGGAAUGUCCCCUGAAGUCCCAGCCCCACUCAGAUCCUCGCACACACCCGGUGGAUCCCACUACUCACUUGACCUUUAACCUUCACCUGUCCGAGAAAGAGAAGGAAGUCAAAGAUAGCCUGACCCUGCCCUUCCAGUUCAGCUCUGAAAAGCAGCAGGCUCUACUGUGCCGUGGCUUGGGCCAACCUACCAGCCGUAUCUUCUAUGAGCCAGAUGCUUAUGAUGACCUGGACCAAGAGGACCCAGAUGAUGACUUAGAUAUUUGA